UCCUGACAGAGCCGCUGAAACUGCCUGCUUCUGCUUUCGACAUAAAUGUGGACCUAUUGUUAAACCGGAAGAAAGCGGAGUCCUGUCUGCUAAAAUGACACCGAAAAUUAAGAAAAGGAAACUUCACGUGUUUGUACAGGUAAACUAGCUCUACCUAUACACCCAGCUUUUAUUCUGUAAGAUACUACUACUACUUACGAUUUCCACCUGGAGGACGUCCUGACAGAGAACAGCUGGGUCAAGUCUGCUCCGUCAAACUUCUGUAGAGGUUUCUUUCCAGUGUGACGAUUGGAUAGAUACUUUUCGUUUAGUUGCAGCUUGUGACAUAAGAGUGAAGUCGUCCAAGGAGCUGCACCCGGGCCUGGAGAGCUUCAGCGUCCUGCAGAAUGAGCGUCCCACAGCCCCGGCGGGUGCGGCUAAAGCCCUGGCUUUUGGCCCAGGUGAGCAGUGGCAGAUACCCCGGUUUGCAGUGGCUCAACGCGGACCGCCGCCUCUUUCAGAUCCCAUGGAAACACGCAACACGACACCUGCCAACAUCAGAAGAGGAAAACACCAUCUUUAAGGCAUGGGCUCUUGAAACUGGCAAGUACCAGGAAGGUGUGGAUGAGCCUGAUCCAGCAAAGUGGAAAGCAAACCUUCGCUGUGCACUCAACAAGAGCCGUGAGUUUCAGUUGAAAUACGAUGGUACCAAAGAGACCCCAGUUCAGCCGUUCAAAAUCUACGAAGUGUGUGACACUGUGGGCUGUUCAGAUGCUGGCGAUGAUGAUGAAGAGGAAGAGAUGCCUAAUUUAAUGGAGCUUAGUAUCAACCCACGACUCAAUGAACCACAGCCCUAUAACCCCUUCUCAGCCCACACUGAAGUCAAUUCCUUCAACCUAUCGUCCAAUGAGACAUUGCCACAAAUUAUACCCAUGCCCCUUCUCCCAGAAACAAUGCACCCUGCCCCACCUGUGUCCUGUAGCCUUUCCCAGCAGGACUUCCAGGCCUCUGGUCAUAUGGUGGACCAGAGGCCCUAUGUGGGGCUCCAGGACCUGAACCCCCUGCCCAGUUCUUCAGUGAUGGAAACUAAUGCUGUGGGAGUGGUCCACACAGAAAAUGAUUCUCAAACACAAAACUGCAAAUAUGACCUACUCAGCAGUGUCCCACUAACAGACCUGGACUUAAAGUUCCUUUACCGUGGACGCACUGCAGGUUCACUGACUGUGAGUAACUCUCAGGGCUGUCGUCUGUACUUCGGGCACCUAGAGCCCACCCCAGAACAGGUGGAUCUGUUUGGACCAGUAAAUCUGGAGCAAGUCCUGUUUCCUGGGACUGAGCAGAUCCAGAACCAGAAGCAGCGUUUUUACACUGCAGCCCUCCUGGACGUGAUGGACCGCGGUCUUAUACUCGAGAUCUGGCAACAGGACAUCUAUGCCAUCCGCCUCUGCCAAUGUAAAGUGUUCUGGUCUGGUCCAGGAGUACCCGAACGGGCUGUGCCUAAUCCUAUGGAGCGAGAGAAGAAGAUAAAGGUCUUCAGCCUCAAUGACUUUCUCCAAGGGCUGAUUAUGUUUCAGAAAGGUGAAGCUGAAAACCCUCCACCAUUCGAGAUCACGUUCUGUUUUGGUGAGGACUGGCCUGACAGAAAACCUAAAGAAAAAAAACUGAUUAUUGUCCAGGUCGUACCUGUUGUGGCUCGCAUCCUGACAGAGAUGUUCUCGGGAGAGUUGAGCUGGUCCACAGACAGUAUCAGACUUCAGAUCUCCAACCCAGAUGUGAAGGACCAGACGGUGCAGCAAUUUAAGGAGCUGCAGAGACUCCUCCAAAGCCAGCACAACCAUGGCCCGUGGACACCGGCUGGCCCAUGAUCAACCUGCAAAACUCCUCAUGCUAAAAUCAGUUUAAUGCUAGAGUUGUUCUGUCAUUUGCAAGAUGAAAUGCAUACUCUGAUCUAGAUCCAAAAAAGAAGUUCUUUCAGUGGUUUUGACAUUUCGGACAACAGACCUGGUGGCAGUGUUAGGGAUAACCCCAUUUUAAAAUGUAGCGGACAGAUUCAGAGCACCCGUUAUUUUACCAGGCAAGUGACAUGUUUUGCUCCAUUAUUUGUAUAGUUUUAUAAUGUUCAAUAAAACAACAGUAUUUUGUUAAACUUUCACCCAUGCAAAUUGCUUAAUAGCCAAAAUGAGUAGCUCAUGUUUUAAAGUCAAAAUACAAAAGUUGAGUUGUGGAUUAACUUGAUAAAGCCAUAGUUAAUUGUGUCUUGAAGUUAGUUCUGGACACUUUUGGUCUGAUCACAACAGCUGCUGCGUGGAAGAGAAGCUGGGCACAGGAUGACGGUUAUGACAAUAAUUCCAUUCACUUUUCCCCUCAGUUGUACCUCAUGAAAAGUCAAACAAUAAAGAAUGUACUGUUAGAACCAAAGCCACCCCAAGACCCGCUUAAAUUGAUUGGACAGUUUACAUCCUUCAUUACAGAAGUAUUAGGAAAGUGGAAACCAAAUUGUCCCUUAACUGUUCCCAAAUGUUGUUUCCAAUUAUAAUUUGUAAUGCAUACUGCUUUAAAAUAUAUGGGCC